AUGGGGGACAAGCCAAAGCUCGACAUUUCCACCGCUACCACAUUGCCUCUUCAUGUAAACAUGCUUCAAAACGUAGUUGGCAGCAGCAAUAUUGCACAAGAACCUCUCCUACUGCACAGCUACAAGAGAAGCUUCAAUGGCUUUGCUGCAAAGCUAACAGAGGAAGAGCUCAGAAAAUGGCUGGUUGUGGAUCUAGCUUUCUUUCCAAUUUGCAGAAAAAGAAUGGCUGGUGUGGUGUCUGUUUUCCCUAGUGGGAAGAAGAAGCUCCACACAAGAAGGUCAUGGAACUUCAUCGGGUUUCAUGAAAACGUGAAGAGAAGCACUGUUGAAAGCGAUAUCAUUGUUGGGAUGAUCGAUUCUGGAGUUUGGCCGGAAUCUGCCAGCUUCAGUGAUGCUUGGUUCAGUCCACCGCCCAAAAAAUGGAAAGGCACAUGCCAAGGCUCAUCCAAUUUUACUUGCAACAAUAAAAUCAUUGGAGCACGGUAUUACCGCAAUAGUGAACCCUUCGUCAAAGGUGACAUUAAGUCUCCACGAGACUCGGAUGGUCAUGGAACCCACACUGCAUCAACGGCGGCAGGAAGCUUAGUUAGCAAAGCAAGCCUAUUUGGUUUGGGGUUGGGGAGAGCAAGAGGAGGGGUCCCAUCAGCACGUAUUGCGGUGUACAAAGUAUGUUGGGCGAGUGAUUGUAGUGACAAUGAUAUUCUAGCGGCAUUUGAAGAUGCGAUCGCGGAUGGUGUCGACAUACUAUCUGUCUCCCUCUGA